CGGAAUAAUUGGGGGUCAUUAUUUAUAUAAAGUGAUGGCAGCAAUUGUGCCGGUGCAAAGCUGCGAGAAUCAUUGUUGGUGAAUAACUGUCAGCUUUGAUAAUUGCUUUCCGACAUAACCUCAAUUACGAUGUCACGUGUUCGCCUUCUCGUUGCCACGGUUACGGCGUUAUUCACUUGCCUCAGCUCGACGCUCGCAUGCUCGUGUGUCGGUGGAACAACGAAAGAUAUAUACUGCAGGAGUGAUUAUGCGAUCGCGGCCAAAAUACUCAGCAAGACGCCCAUCUCUACAAACCCCUGGGUCAAUGUAUACGAGUACAAAUUCGAAGUCUUGGAGAACUACAAGCCGAGUCCCGAGUUGGACGCCGCACGUCAAGUCAUCCAGGCGACUGACGCAGAUAUGCUCUGCGGAGUCCUCUUAAGCACCGGGAGUAACUAUCUCCUGAUGGGCUACUUCUCUGAGGACUGGAAAUCUGAUCAAUCGAAUCAGCUAGUUCUAGCAACGUCAUCGUGCAAUUUGAACCGCGAGCUGAGUUCAAGCGCUGCGGUGGCCCGGACUGAGGCCGGACACGUGAUGAGCUUCCUGAACGACGGGAACUUCCGUUGUGAAACCAGAGGGAGUGGAAAUCCGAGCUGGCGGAGUCUCGUGGAGAGAAUCGUAUCCAGGGACCUGAACGCAGACACUGAGAUGAAAUAAUGCGAAAUACGUAAUGCUGAUUUAGAACGAAAAUGUAUUAUUAUAUAUUGAUGUAAGAACUGUUUACACAUGUACUGGCAAUACAAAAAUAUAAAAAUACAAGUACAUAUAAUAAAGA